CAGAGCGCCGCAGCCUCCUCCCCCAGACAUGUCUGCUUAGACCCGAGCAGCCCCGGCAGCCAGCCCCAGCCCGCCGCCGGCCCCGAGCUAUGACAGGAGUAUUUGACAGAAGGGUCCCCAACAUCAGAUCCGGCGACUUCCAGGCUCCUUUCCAGACGGCCGCAGCCAUGCACCACCCGUCCCAGGAAUCUCCCACUUUACCCGAGUCCUCGGCUACGGAUUCCGACUACUACAGCCCGACGGGGGGAGCCCCGCACGGCUACUGCUCGCCUACCUCGGCUUCCUACGGCAAAGCGCUCAACCCUUACCAGUAUCAGUACCACGGCAUGAACGGAUCUGCUGGGAACUAUCCUGCCAAAGCCUAUGCAGACUACAGCUACGCCAGCCCCUACCACCAGUACAGCGGGGCUUACAACCGCGUACAGAGCUCCGCCAGCCAGCCAGAGAAGGAGGUGGCGGAGCCCGAGGUGAGGAUGGUGAACGGCAAACCAAAGAAAGUGCGCAAACCCCGGACUAUUUAUUCCAGCUUUCAGCUGGCGGCGUUGCAGAGGAGGUUUCAGAAGACCCAGUACCUCGCCCUGCCCGAGCGGGCCGAGCUGGCCGCCUCCCUGGGGCUCACGCAGACGCAGGUGAAAAUUUGGUUUCAGAAUAAAAGAUCCAAGAUCAAGAAGAUCAUGAAGAACGGGGAGAUGCCACCGGAGCACAGCCCCAGCUCCAGCGACCCCAUGGCCUGCAACUCUCCACAGUCGCCUGCAGUUUGGGAACCUCAGGGCUCGUCCCGCUCCCUCAGCCACCAUGCCCACGCACACGCUCACCCUCCAAACUCCAACCCGUCCCCCGCAUCCAGCUACCUGGAGAGCUCCGCUUCCUGGUACCCUGCUGCCAACUCCAUCAACUCCCACCUCCAACCCCACGGCUCCCUACAGCACCCGUUAGCGCUGGCCUCUGGGACAAUUUAUUAGAGUCUGACCCUUAUUAUUUUAUUUUUUUAAUAUUUUUUGUUGUUGUUGUUCCUUGGACUCCUGUGUUUUGCUGUUAAGGAAUAAUAUCGAAAGGAAUGCAUAUGUGGGAUUUUUAAAAGGGAAAAGAAACAAACAAAAAGAUUAAAAUGUGUAAAGCUUGUGCAUGUAAUUUAUUGCAUUUCAAAGGAACCCCUUUUUUAUACAAUACGGACAUUUUUUGGCUCAGCUGUGGACACUAUCAAUGGUGCCUUGAAAUCUAUGACCUCAACU